ACAGCCCAAAAAGGCCUACCUUGUUUCCUAACCAGAAUAUUUCUUUCCCUAACUAAACCCUAACCCCUUUUCAUUUUUCAUAUCUCCUUCAGACUGUUCAAUACUUUAAUCCCAUCAAAUCACUCGUAUAUCAUCAGUUUCUUCGUGAUUUUGAUCUGAAUUCAACACUUCUGAUCCAGAAACACACUCAAUCAAUGGCGUACAGGCGUAGUCUCACUACAAAAGCGAGACUUUUCGCUCAACAACGAUUCACCCCUUCAAUUUAUCACAUUAAUCACGAACAAGACCGUCAAGAUCGUGAAAAUCAUCAUCCAGAUUCGAAAUUAAACACCUGUUUUCAAAGCAGAUCAUACAGUGGCUUCGGUGGGAAUAACAGUUCAUUAGGGUUAGGGUUUGGAACUGGAACUGGAACUGGUGGUGUGAGGUUUAAAGAUCCGAGAUGGGGUUAUUUGAAUCAUGUCCCAUUGGCUGCAAGUGGGGUUUUGUUGGGUAGAAAUAUGUCUACUACUGUUGGUGAUGCUGAUGAAGGGAAUAAGAUUGAUUUGAUGUAUGAUAUGGCUGAUGUUUUGGCUGAUAAGACUGUGGAAGUUGUGAGUACUCAAGCGCCUGCUGUUAGUGAAGUGGCGGUUGCUGCUGCUGAUUCUUGGAUACCUGUUGCUGCUUUGCAGUAUGCUAUUGAUGGGAUUCAUAGCUUUACUGGAUUGAAUUGGUGGGCAAGCAUUGUAAUAACAACUCUCGUUAUUAGAACCUUGAUGAUUCCAAUCAUGAUAAACCAGCUGAAGGCUACCACUAAGUUAACUAUACUGAGACCACAAUUGGAGGAAAUCAAACAGGAGAUGCAAGAUAAGGGCAUGAGUCCGUCAGCUGUUGCCGAAGGUCAGGAGAAAAUGAAAAGGGUAUUCUCACAGCACGGCGUUAGUACCUUUACACCUUUAAAGGGUCUCCUCUUCCAAGGCCCUCUCUUUGUCAGCUUCUUUCUUGCUAUUCAAAACAUGGUGGAAAAGGUUCCGUCGUUUAAAACCGGUGGGACCUCUUGGUUCCUCGAUCUUACAACCGCGGAUCCUUUCUAUCUGCUUCCUUGUUUGACUGCUUUUUCAUUCUGGAUAACCGUAGAGUUUAACAUGCAAGAAGGUUUGGAAGGUAAUCCUGCUGCUGCCACCAUGAAGAACGUUUCGCGCGGUUUUGCAGCUCUUACUGUUCCCCUUACCGCGUCUUUCCCAAAGGCUCUCUUUUGUUAUUGGAUCACCUCCAACUUGUUCUCCCUUGUAUAUGGAGCAAUAAUUAAAAAACCGAGUGUGAAGAAGAUGUUGAACAUACCAAUUAUAGUACCUCCACCCCCAUCGCCUGCCGGUGAAUCGAAACCGGCUUUCUCCUUCUUUGAAGGGUUAAAAAAGUACGCAGCUGCACAAGCUCAUAAACAACAUCAAGAAAGUCAAAGAAGUCUAACAACCACAAGUCAAAAGUCAACUUCAGAAGACCAGAAGUCUUCAAGUCAAAGAGAAUCGCGAGCAUCGGUUUUAAGCCAGAGGAUCAAAAGACUAGAGAAAGAAGUAAAAGGAAGAAAGAAGAACCACAGGCGGUGAGCGUUUGGUAUUUAAUCUUUAUCGUGAUGAUGAUGGGCGUCAACGUUAUACGGCCCAUUGAAUAAUUGUAAUAAGGCAUUCAUCAUAUUCUUUUUGGUCAAUUUUGACAUUAUAUAUCUACUGCUUGGCUGGUUAGAGGGAAGCGGGAGUCUUCGGUUUGGCAGAGCAAAUUAGAGGGAGUAUGACAGACUAUAUAUAUUACUUGGAAUAGUUUUGUUAUUUUGUAUUUCGCGUGUAAUACGUUAGUUAUGAAGAUGCAUUAUCGUUGACUUUUUUA